AUGGAUCUGCUUGAUACCAGUAUCUGCGGGACACACCCUGCCUAUGCACCCGACCAAUCCAGGAUUGUUGGUGGUAUCAAUGCACGCCCAGGGGAAUUCCCUUGGAUUGGAUAUUUGGGGGGUAAAGUCUUAUGCGGGGCUACUUUGAUUACCUCACAAUGGGUGCUAACGGCAGCCCAUUGCAUAAACGGCUCAAUUGAUCAGGUGAUCUUCGGAAGCCUUCAGCUGUCAGUUGGGUCCGAGUACGAAGUGAUUGCCGAAGUGGACGCUACGAUUAUCCAUCCCGACUACAACGCCGUGUCCAACGACAAGGACAUCGCUCUACUGCGCCUGACUGAGCCGGUGUCUUUCAGUGAUUACGUCAGGCCAGCAUGUAUAGCCUCAUCGUCAAAUGAAUCGAGUGAUUAUCAUCGAUGCCUCGUCGCUGGUUGGGGGGAUACCUCUGAAGGGGAAGGCGACAGCGGUGGGCCUUUGACCUGUGAAGGUGAUGAUGGUCGAUGGUAUCUGGUCGGAGCAACAAGCUUUGGAGAUGGAUGUGCAAGAAAAAGCUCCCCGGGUGUCUAUACCCGAAUCUCAAAGUUCCAAGAUUUUAUUACAGCUACGGUUUCGAAUGGUCUGUUUUUUCCAUAUGGAUUAAAUGAAGGGGACGAAUUCCUACCAGCCAACGAUGAUGGUUCUACAAACGAGCUACCAAUUUCCGUCGCCUUCCCGUUCUUCGAUCACGACCAUACUAGUCUUUUUGUCAACAAUAACGGUGUCAUCUCUUUCUUGGAAAGAGUUCCUCAAUAUACCCCCGAUCCGUUUCCACUCGCUCUUGGCCGACGGCUUUUGACUCCAUUCUGGGCUGAUGUCGACACGACUAAUGGUGGGACUCUAUCCUAUCGACAAGUCUUACGAUUCGCCCAAAACGACGCCACAUUCCUCGAAGCUGAUGGAGUGAUAAGAGCAAAAUUUGUUGACAUGAGAGAUUUUGUGUCGUCAUGGAUGUACAUCGCGACCUGGGACAAAGUAGCUUUCUUCCUUGCUUCUGAUACCUCUAUCAGGAAUUCUUUUCAAGCUGUGAUGGUGACAGAUGGCCGAUAUUCCUUCGCCAUCUUUAAUUACGGUGAUAUCAACUGGACAACAGGAGCUGCCAGUGGUGGUAAUAGUGAUACUGGUCUUGGUGGUACCCCAGCUCAGGUUGGAUUCAACGCUGGUGACGGAAUGACCUAUUACAGCGUCCCUGGAUCUCGGACAGCGGCCGUCGUCGAUAUCGAAACGACAUCGAACAUCGAUGUACCUGGAAGAUGGGUGUUCAGAACGGACAGCUCCAACAUCGUUCUCAUCAACGGACCGUGCUUCAAUUCAAACAACCUGAUUAUCUGUGAUUUCGACGGAUUCACAACUUCUGGAAGACUUCUGGAAGACGAGAUCGCCCUCUGCGUUUCGCCGACUUUCUACAAGGUUGGACAGAUUCCCCUGCGCGUGUCUCUAGAUGACGGACACACGUUCGAUUUCACAGGAUUGUUCGCAAUUAUCAGUGUCGAGUACGUUCCUGACAAUGUAUUUUCCUCGGUAACGGAAAGCAACCAAAGAGAGUCCGACUUCGAGAUCACGUGGAACACAGAUAACCUUGAAGGCGUGGACAAGGUUGACAUCGUUGUCUACGGCUACCGAGAGGAGUCAGAAGACAAUUUCGUGGAGUUUAGUGGACCUUUGGUCAUAGUUGCAGAGGGAGUUGACUAUCAUCUCGGUCACUACAGUGUUGCAGGGUUACCAGACCUUGACAUACAUUACGACGUCGGUGUUAUUGGGGUCAUGGAAUCUGAAGGUCAAGGAGGAGAUUCUAACCGGGCUGCCCUCUGGAGCAAGGUCCAUGUUCUACAGUGGCACAACGGCGAUGACGUCACAAAUUGGUGCAACGAUUGGAUUGGAAUAGAACUUCUGUCUGAUAUUUCCUUUCUGUCCGUCACACACUCGUGCCCAUGUACACUUGACCAGGCCCAGAUCGACAUAGGGAGGUUUAGUCCGCAUCCGCUGUGCGAUGUUGGCAUCUCGUCGCCUAGCAACUGUAUCCAUAAACCUGGGGCGAUACACUGCGUACGAGCAGACACACCGAGCACACUAGGAGGGGGACAGGAGUGUUGCUAUGGUGAUGAAGGAAUGAUCAUUAAUGUAGUUGAUAGUCUGGGAGGGGGCUACAGCCAUCGUUACCACCAUGGGGGCGUUACCCCAUAUGGAGAACCUAAAAAGGUACCAUAUCUGUCGCACUACCUCGUCGACAUCUUGCCCUGGACCUACUGCUGUACUUACGGUGGACCAGAUGAGUGCACAAAUUUUGGUCGCCAACGGCCUUCUCAAACUUGCAACAACUACGUACCGCCUCCUCCAGCAUUGGGCAAUGGCGAUCCACAUAUUUCAACUCUUGACUCGACCACGUACACUUUCAACGGUCACGGUGAAUUUACUCUGCUGAACGCACUGAAUGACAUCUUCAUCUUACAAGCAAGAGCGGCUCCUCUCGUUGGAACGUCUGAUGCAACGGUGUUUGUUGCCAUGGCAGUACGAUUUGGUGAUAGUGAUGUCAUUCAUGUUCAAACCAAUGAACGCAGGGUUCUUGAUGCCUAUGUCCGACUAGCCGGAGAUGGACAACACUUCACAAGGAUUGAAUUCGAUCAAGCUUCUCGAUGGUCAUAUUCAGGGGUCUCGGUAACCGGUCGCAACAUUACCUCAGAUGGAAUUAUUGUAUCUUUCGACGGAGGGGUAGGACUGACGUUGAAGGCCUCAGAGGGGGCCAUGAGCAUUCUUCUUGUAGCUCCAGAUUCCUUCCGAGGUCAGACGCAAGGCCUGAUGGGAACGUGGAAUGGUGAUGCCAGUGACGAUUUCGUAACUCCUCAGGGAUCUUUUCUUUCACCUGAUCUGACAACUGAGGAGUUGCACUACCAGUUUGGACUAUUAUGGGAAAUCGACGCAGCAAAAUCGUUGUUCUAUUACGAACCGGGCAAGGACCACGAAUCUCAUACCGACCGUACUUACACUCCUGUCUUUGAGCCUGUCGCCAACCCUUUUGUAGACCAGAGCCUUGUGGUAGAAGUCUGCGGUACAAACCAGUUCUGUAUCUUCGACUACCAGACAACGGGGUCGCAGAGUUUUGCCCGGAAUUCAAUGGAGGCACUUGUGCAGUAUCAACAGGCAGUCGACAGCAGAGCAUCGUUCGGUAUAUUUUAA